AUGGACGCCGCUAUUGCUGAAUGGCAAACCCGCGCUGAGGCGCUCAAGCCGUUGAACCUCAAGCAAAUCGAGCCCCACCUGCUUGAGCUGGAUGCGCACCUCACUCUGCGCUCCCACAUUGUCGGUUACACGCUCAGUGAUGCGGACACGACAGUAUGGAAAACAAUUCGUGAGAACCGUGUGGCUCAUGCCUUUGUCAAGCAAGACUUGAUGAAGAGCCUGUGCCGCUGGUUUCGCUACAUUGAGGAGGCCUACCCCCAGAGCGUGGUUGUUGUUAGUGGAGGACAGGGCAAGGAGGGAGCAAAGGGAAAGAAAGAGGGCGGCAAGAACGACGACGCCAACUACGACAUCGGACUGCAAGACGUUGGAGAUGGUACCGGCAUUGUCACGAGAUUCCCCCCUGAGCCCUCAGGUUAUCUCCACAUCGGCCACGCAAAGGCUGCGUUGCUGAACGAUUAUUUUGCACACGAGAAGUACAAGGGCAAGCUGUUGCUGCGAUUUGACGACACCAACCCAACCAAGGAAAAGCAAGAGUUCCAGGAUGCCAUUGUUGAGGAUUGUGCGCUUCUUGGCAUCAAGCCAGACUCUGUCUCAUACACCAGCGAUUGGUUCGACCAGCUGUACGAGAUGUGCGUGCAAGCAAUCAAGGACGGACUUGCAUACGCAGACGACACCGUUCAGGAGAAGAUGCGUGAUGAACGUAUGAAUGGCAUUGCCAGUGCUCGUCGUGACUCGAGCGUCGAGGACAACCUGGCGCGCUUUGAGGAGAUGAAGAAAGGCAAUGAAGAAGGCCUGAAAUGGUGCAUUCGCGCAAAGAUGUCUGUCGACGAUCCCAACAAGGCCAUGCGUGACCCUGUCAUCUACCGCUGCAACCCCCAGGCUCAUCACCGCACCGGAGAGAAGUGGAAGAUCUACCCUACCUACGACUUUUGCUGCCCAAUUGUUGAUGCACUCGAAGGCGUUACCCACGCUCUACGCACCACCGAGUACAACGAUCGUGACGCGCAGUACCAAUGGUUUAUCAAGAACCUCAAACUCCGAAAGGUGCACAACUGGGGCUUUGCCCGCCUCAACUUUGUCAAGACUGUGCUGUCUAAGCGUAAGCUUACCAAGAUUGUCGACACCGGCAUUGUUGGGGGCUGGGACGACCCGCGCAUGCCCACUGUCCGUGGAGUCCGUCGCCGCGGCGCCGUUAUCCCUGCUCUCCGCGAGUUCAUCCUCAAGCAAGGACCAUCCAAGAACAUUGUCAACCAGGACUGGUUUGCAUUUUGGGCCACUAACAAGAAGCACAUUGAGCCCACUGCGGCCCGUUACACAGCGAUUGACGACGAGGGCCGUGUCCCUGUAACCAUUAUCGGUGCACGCGAGGGCAUUAUAUCAGAAGACAAACCAAAACACGCAAAGUACGAUCUGGGCACCAAGAAAAUUGUCUUCAGCUCGUCGGUCCUCCUCGAGCAAGCUGACGCACAAUCCUUUGCCCAAGAUGAAGAAAUCACCCUCAUGAACUGGGGCAACGCCAUUGUCCGCAAAAUCACUCACUCGCUCAACCCCGUCGACAUCGCCAAAGCGGGCCUCACAAGCGAAGCCCGCACUGUCACCGGUCUCGAACUCGAGCUUCACCUCCAGGGUGACGUGAAGAAGACGUCCAAAAAGGUAACCUGGCUGAGCAAAGACCAGGAUCUCGUCCCCAUUGAACUCGUCGAUUUCGACUACCUGAUUACUAAAGAUAAGCUCGAGCCUGAAGACACGCUUGAGGAUUUCCUCAAUCCAAAUACUGAGACGCGCACAAAGGCGCUGGCGGACUGUAAUGUUGCGGAGCUCAAGGUGGAUGAUAUUGUGCAGUUUGAUCGUAAGGGCUUCUUUAGGAUUGACCGUGCGUUUAAGCAUGGGGAGGCGGUUGUGGCGUUCCAGAUUCCAACGGGUAAGAGUAAGUAA